CGUGGAAUCUGGCGUGCAACCUUGCAAGUCUCCUCCCACUUGAAUCUAUCACUGUUCCCAAAUAUCGGCCAAUGAUGGCCAUGCACCCGGCCUUAAGAAACCCGGAAGUAAUAUACACCAUUAGCUCAUACACAGAGCACGGAUCAAUUCCUGCACUUGCCUCUACAUGCCGCGCGUUUGAGCGCCCAGCACUUAAUGUCCUUUGGAGGGAUUUGCAGUCCGUGGAGCCUCUUAUCAGAUGUUUAAUAAGUGAAGACCUGUUUGAUACUGUCCAAUACGAUCAUGAUGACUUUAAAGAACAUAUGGUAUUACAGAAACCUCUUGACGACAAGAUGUGGGAUACACUGUGCAAAUACACGUCCCGGGUGCACUCGAUCACACAAUCAGGCAACUCAAUGUUCAUCGAGUCCCUGUGUUUGUUGAUGUUGUCUUGUCCUUCGGCAUCUGCAGCCUCCAAGUUGUUUCCGAACCUUGUCAAAUUAACGUGGAAUGCCGAUGGUACCAAAGAUGCUGCAGAGUUCUUGCGCAUGGCUUUCGUACCUUCCUUAGUGAUCUUCAACAUGCAUAUUUCUUCAGCUUCCUCCGCCUUUCUCGCGGUGCUCUCGUCUCUUGGGACCUCGUGUCCUUCCCUGCAGGUCCUAAAUUCGAGAAUUCCUCGCACAACCGACUCGUCUCAUAAAACAUCGCCCUUCAUCACACAAUCGAUUUCGCAGCUCCACCAUCUUCAAUCGUUGACGGUGUGUGAUCUAGGAAUCCAAGGCAUCCAGCAAGUUAUGCAACUGCGAGCUCUGCAUUUUUUGAGCUUGGACUUCAGAAAAUCGUCAGCUUGGGACAUGAAGACCCAUUUGGAUCCCCCUGGCUUUCGUGAUUUGCAUCAUUUGGACCUUUCUUUCGACACACCCGAGCACGCUUCGAACUUCUUGAGUUCACUUCCAGUGGUCAGGAGCAAAAAAAUCAAGAUCGGCUUCACGCCUCGGGCUGCACGCUCCUCCACGAGUGAAUUUAACACGGUAUCCCAGUUCUUUGCCACUAUCCAAGAGAAAUGUGAUAACGAUAAACUCGAAUCCUUCACUCUCUAUGGAUUUUCGGGAAAGCUUCACGCAAGCCCGGAUGUUUUCACCCCAUUACACGCAUGCCGCAAUUUAACUCGGCUGCUCAUCGAUCGGGGUUGUGACAUUUCCAUAGCCUGGCCUAAGCUCGAAGUGCUCAGCAUCAGCCGCUAUGUCGACAUCGAUGACAUCGCAGUACCUACAUUCCACGGGUUAAUCAGUUUGCUUCGGCUCUGCCCCGCUUUGACUUCGCUCGCUCUUGUCAUUGAUACCACCAAACAGAAACGCAUAGAUCUCACACACCCGGGUAAUGGAAGCCGCCACGAGAAUCUCGAAACCCUCGUCCUCGGCAAUUCACCUAUCAAGUCCCCGCGAAACGUAGCUCUCAUCCUAAGCGGCCUCUUCCCCCGCCUUGAGGGGGUCAAUCUUGAAUGUUGGGAUACGAUCUCGAUGGAUUCAUUACCCCGGAAGAAGUCAGAGAUGAGGCAAUGGGAGUCAGUCAAUACCUUUCUUGGUGGCUUCAGCAUUGUAAAGGAGCGAUGUAAAGGAGCAUGAUGUUGUUGAUCUUAUUUAUAGGGUAUACCUGAAUCAUAUCGCCCACACCUUUGGAUACGCGCGAAUGUACACAGUACUUACAGUCGAUGCAGCUGUAUACUCUAUGUAGUAUGUAUGCAUUAUGUGGCGUCCGUCACUUUUCGAUACA